GCGGGGCCGGGGCGUCGUCAUCUGCAUUCACAUGGGGGCGGCGCCGGCCUCCGCCUGAAGCCCCCGCCCGGGGAGACACAAAAACCCACGCGAGGCGCGGGGCGCCGCGACCCCCGCCCGCCCCGCCGCCGCCAUCGCCAUGAAUUCGGCGGAGCAGACCGUUACGUGGCUGAUAGCCCUGGGCGUGCUGGAGUCGCCCAAAAAGACCAUCUCCGACCCCGAGGGCUUCCUCCAGUCCUCCCUGAAGGACGGGGUGGUGCUCUGCCGCCUGCUCGACCGCCUGCUCCCGGGCACCAUAGACAAAGUGUACCCGGAGCCGCGGACGGAGGGCGAGUGCCUGAGCAACAUCCGCGAGUUCUUGCGGGGCUGCGGUGCCUCCCUCCGCCUGGAGACUUUUGAUGCAAAUGACCUGUAUCAGGGACAGAAUUUCAGCAAAGUUCUCAGCUCUCUCGUGGCUUUAAAUAAGGUGACUGCAGACAUAGGGCUGGGCAGUGACUCUGUAUGCGCACGUCCCUCAUCUCAUCGGAUAAAAUCUUUCGAUUCUCUGGGAUCCCAGUCUGUACACAGUAGAACUUCAAAGCUCUUUCAGGGACAGUAUCGGAGUUUGGACAUGACAGAUAACAGCAACCAUCAGUUGGUGGUGAGAGCAAAGUUUAAUUUUCAACAGACGAAUGAAGAUGAACUUUCUUUUUCAAAAGGAGAUAUUAUUCAUGUUACAAGAGUGGAAGAAGGAGGCUGGUGGGAAGGAACUCUAAAUGGCAAAACAGGGUGGUUUCCAAGUAACUACGUGCGAGAAAUAAAAUCAAACGAAAAACCGGUCUCCCCCAAAUCAGGUACAUUGAAGAGUCCACCUAAAGGCUUUGAUACGUCUGCAAUUAACAAAAGCUAUUACAAUGUGGUGCUACAAAAUAUAUUAGAAACAGAAAAUGAAUAUGCUAAGGAGCUACAAACAAUGCUUUCAAACUACCUGCGACCAUUACAAGCCAGUGAAAAGUUAAACUCGGCAAAUACUUCAUACUUAAUGGGAAACCUGGAAGAAAUAAGUUCUUUCCAGCAAAUGCUUGUACAGUCUUUAGACGAAUGCACCAAGUUGCCUGAAGCUCAGCAGAGGGUUGGAGGAUGUUUUCUAAAUUUGAUGCCACAAAUGAAAAGCUUAUACCUUGCAUACUGUGCCAACCAUCCAUCAGCAGUAAAUGUUCUCACAGAACACAGUGAGGAGCUAGGAGAAUUCAUGGAGAUGAAAGGUGCCAACAGCCCUGGGAUCCUUGUACUGACCACAGGCCUCAGCAAACCUUUUAUGCGUCUGGAUAAAUACCCCACGUUACUCAAAGAACUUGAAAGGCACAUGGAGGAUUAUCAUCCGGAUCGCCCAGAUAUUCAAAAAUCCAUGACUGCCUUCAAAAAUCUUUCUGCACAAUGUCAAGAAGUACGGAAACGGAAAGAGCUUGAACUACAAAUACUGACGGAAGCUAUCCGUUGUUGGGAGGGAGAGGAUAUUAAAACACUCGGCAAUGUGAUUUACAUGUCCCAGGUCAUGAUUCAGUGUGCUGGAAGUGAGGAAAAGAAUGAAAGGUAUCUUCUUCUCUUCCCUAACAUUUUGCUGAUGUUGUCUGCCAGCCCGAGAAUGAGUGGGUUUAUCUAUCAGGGGAAACUGCCAACGACAGGAAUGACUAUCACAAAGCUAGAAGACAGUGAAAACCAUAAAAAUGCAUUUGAAAUAUCAGGAAAUAUGAUUGAAAGGAUACUAGUGUCUUGUAACAACCAACAAGAUUUGCAUGAAUGGGUGGAUCACCUGCAGAAGCAAACCAAAGUCACAACUGUUGGGAAUCCCACCAUUAAACCUCACUCUGUGCCAUCUCACACACUUCCUUCCCAUCCUGUAACACCCUCCAGCAAGCAUUCAGACAGCAAGCCGAUACCACUGACUCCUGCAUACCACACGCUCCCUCAUCCGUCGCAUCAUGGGACUCCACAUACCACGAUAAACUGGGGACCUCUCGAACCUCCGAAAACCCCCAAGCCUUGGAGUCUGAGCUGCUUACGACCUGCACCUCCGUUACGGCCUUCAGCAGCUCUUUGUUAUAAAGAGGAUCUCAGUAAAAGCCCUAAAACCAUGAAAAAGCUGCUUCCCAAACGCAAGCCAGAACGGAAGCCAUCAGAUGAAGAGUUUGCACUGAGAAAAAGUACGGCUGCUUUAGAAGAAGAUGCUCAAAUUCUUAAAGUCAUUGAAGCAUAUUGCACAAGUGCCAAAACACGUCAAACACUAAAUUCAACAUGGCAAGGCACUGACCUGAUGCAUAAUCACGUCUUGGCUGAUGAUGACCAAUCAAGUCUAGACUCCUUGGGUCGUCGCAGUAGUCUUUCUCGUUUGGAGCCUUCAGACCUCUCAGAAGACUCUGACUAUGACAGUAUAUGGACAGCCCAUAGUUACAGAAUGGGGUCUACAUCUCGUUCCCGUAAAGAAUCAGCUCCUCAAGUCCUGCUUCCAGAAGAAGAAAAAAUUAUUGUAGAAGAAACUAAAAGUAAUGGUCAGACUGUUAUAGAAGAGAAAAGCCUUGUUGACACAGUAUACGCAUUAAAGGAUGAAGUACAGGAGUUAAGACAGGAUAACAAAAAGAUGAAGAAAUCAUUAGAAGAAGAACAAAGAGCUCGCAAGGACUUGGAGAAGCUUGUUAGAAAAGUUCUAAAGAACAUGAAUGAUCCAUCUUGGGAUGAAACCAAUUUAUAACUAAUUUUUUUCUUUUUUUUUUUUUCCCUUUUUCUUUCUAUUGAAAGACCAGUUGUAAAACUGAGCUGGGAAGCCUUCUGACAUUAGUCAGUGUUGCAUCAAGAGCACUACAAAACAGGAUUUAACUGGAUCUAGUGAUUUCUUGCUCUGAACAUAUAGAAACAGUCAAGCCAUUUCCUGAAGCAAUCUGUACUUUAAGUGUGGAGACCGUGGAUCCUGAACUCUACUAAACUUAAUUUGUUUGCAUCUAAAUUACCUCAUUUUGCAGAAAGUGCAGCACCUGACUAAAAGUCCAUGUUUUUCAGUGGCUUUUUAAUUAAAUAUAUAUUUUUCUUGUAAAUAUCUGUAAUUUUGAAUGCAUAUGUGAUUGAUAUAUCAGGGCUGAUAUGUUAUUUUUUUUCCUCUUGUUAUUACAAUGGUCACAAGUGUUAGAAAUGAGGGCAGUACUGUCUUACCUAAGAAGGGUUGGAGUUCUUCGUGGAUAAUUAUGGAUUUGUUCUAAAUUACUCACUCAUCACACAUGCAAAUUUAGAAACCCAUUUUUUUUUCCUAUUGACCACUGUAUUUAAACUCUUUACUGUUAUUUAUGUCUGUGCAUACAUUUUUAAACAGUUUACAAUUCUUUGAGAACAGUAUUAAAAUACGGAAAAAUGUUUAUUGACAGUAGAAACAAUUUUUAACAAAAUGAAUGCCCAUGACUUAUGUUCACGUACACUUGUUUGGCAGACUAAUCUGUUGUGCUUUGGCCACCAAAAGACUGAUGUACUUGCCUGCUUUUUAUGACUGUGAUUUUUAGGUGUUUAUGUACUACAUUUUCUAUUGUUGUGCUUAAACAUACAGCUGGCUGGUAAUUUAAUAGAUCGUACAGUUUGUUAAAGGAAAAAAAAAUCAAUCUAAUCCAGGAUUUUGUGAAUAAGUUGUUACUAUUUGUAUUUUAUGGUCACAACAAUUAAAUUUUAGCUAACCUUUGUGCAUAAGGCACAUGGGCUAGGCCAAACUUCAUUCAGAACUUUGGUUUUAUACCACUAUGUCAGACUCUCUGGAAUUCCGAGACUGCGGAAGCAGAGUCGUUCCUUUCCCACCCUGUUUUCUCAGGGUGUUGCUGGUUUCUGUCCUACUACAAUUUAAAUGGAAACAAAUCUGGAAAUAAGAUAUUUUUUUUUUAAUCAUACUGUAAUUCAUAAUUCGCACUGCUGACAAAUUUGAAAAUACAUAAAUGAACAUUUAUUCCCUAGUCUGAUAGGUGCAAUUACUGCAAUCCUUUCUUGUAUUUAAAAUAGGAAAUGCUACAUCACUGCAAAUGGUGAGCUUCAGUUGGAGCACUUAAAAUACUAAUCCCAUGAAAGCCCAUUGUAAGUGUUUUUCUGAUUUCAGGAAAAUUUGGCUCAAACUCCAGACGGUGCAAUUUCCUGAGGGGUUUUUCUUCAGUUGACAGUCAGAAGUGCAGGUAUAGCACAGACCCGAGUCGCACCUUUCGUCAUCCUGAUUUUUUAGUGCCCUUUAACUCUGUUAAAAGUAAUGCUUGGACUUCAGCAAAUGUUCAUAUGAACUUUAAUGAGUUGGAGCCAGGAUGGUUAGGGUGGUAGGAAUUGUCAUGCAUGCUUUGAAUCUAAUGAAAAAUCUAUUUUUAAAGCUAUCCACUUUUCUCAGCCAAGCACAGCUUUUUCAAAUAGGAAAAAAUGACAAUGAUUACAUACUUGAGGAACAAUUCUGUGGGAAUGGAUACUUAAGAAUCUAAAUAGACAAUUAGUUGUCCCAUUUAAAAAGCUGAAUAUAUUUGUAGGUGUUUUAAUUUGUGUUACUACAAUUUAAAAAUGUCUUCCUUUAAUUCUAAAGGAGCAGACUGGAUAAGAAAACUAAAAAAAAAGUCUAUAAUAUCAGUUACAUAUAUUCACAGAACUUUAAAUUUAUGAUAAUUUUUGAUACCAAAAUCUCUUCCUGUUGUUUGCGGUUGCACAAAAAUGUGGACUGACAUUUAUAAUUAUCUUCAUAUUUAGAAAAUACUCUUGCUGAAAGCCUAAGUGAUACUAAACCCUGCAAAUUCAUAGCAUCUCGGCUAAAUUUAGAUUUGGGAAUGCCAACGUAAUUAGAGUCUUGCUAACAUUUUAACUUUCUGACAUUCAGGCUAUUUUCAGAGUGAAUUUUAAUUUUCAAUUAAGCAUAUGGGAAAGGACAUUCCAGAAGAAGAAGUACGAAAGGAAAACAUGAAUCUUAGCAGUAUUUAGCAAAUUUUAACUCAGGAACAACUUCCAUCAUAACAAUUUGUUUUACAUUAUAUAGUAAAAAGUGGUGUUGCUUUGUAAAUUUGCUGACUCUUAGUACCUGUGAUUAUUAUAAUUUCUGACAGUACCCCUAUACUGACAUCUAAUGAACAUGCCUUAAAUACUGGGAUUAAGCAGUUGUUAAGUAUGACCGGGACUUAGGGACUGAUUUUAUUCGAGGUGGAUUGGGAUGAUGAAUUUUUUAAAAGAUAGGUAACUUUUGUCUCUAGUGCAGAGCGCGAGCUUCAGGCUUUUGGGAACCAAGGAAUAUCUGAACUUUUUUUCUUUGACAAUUUGUUAUACUGUAUAUAGAUUGUAAAUUUCACCGUGGACUUUCUGAAUUGUUGGAAACUUUAUAUAAGCAUGGAUAAAUGGGGCACUGUUUAUUUAACCUAUUAAAGGGUUAUUUCUUUGCUCUCAUCAUUUAGGGAUGAGGAGAUGAAGCCAUUUCUUAUCCUAUAGAUGUGAAGCACUUUCAGUUCUGAACUGUCCAAAAUGUAGCAUAACAUUUCUCUGUACUUACUGAUGUAUGUGUGUUUGUCUCGCCAUGUCAUGACAUCUUAAACAACUGACCGCCUUUGUAUAAACCUUCUUAAUGCCAAUCACUUAGGGAAUUUAGAGUGUCUGUUUACGGUAUCUGUGGAGAACUCAAGUUUAGUUUAGACGUCACAAUAAUAUCUUGGUAUCGACUACUAAAGUGUUUAUGCUACAUUGUUGUAAUUAAACCAUGAUUUUUCCCCUA